AUGGAGAUGAUCUCGUUCAACGUGGACCACGGCUUCCUCGAGGGCGUCGUGCGCGGCUACCGCACCUCGCUCCUCUCGGCCAACCACUACCAGUCGCUCACCCAGUGCGAGACGCUCGACGACUUCAAGAUGCAGCUCUCCGCCACCGACUAUGGCAACUUCUUGCAGAACGAACCCUCGCCCAUCUCCACUUCCACCAUCGCCGACAAGGCUACACGCAAGCUCGUCGCCGAGUUCGAGUAUCUGCGCACCAAUGCCACCCAGCCGCUCUCCAAGUUCUUGGACUACAUGACCUACGCCUACAUGAUUGACAAUGUCAUCCUCCUCAUCACCGGCACGCUUCACGAGCGCGAUACCCACGAGCUCCUCCAACGCUGCCAUCCACUCGGCGUAUUCGACACCAUGCCUGCGCUCUGCGUCGCCUCGACCGUCGAGGAACUCUACAACUCGGUGCUCGUCGAAACUCCCCUCGCGCCCUACUUUCGAGAAUGCAUCUCCGCCUCGGACCUCGACGACCUCAACAUCGAAAUCAUCCGCAAUACGCUCUACAAGGCCUACCUCGAGGACUUUUACCAGUUCUGCAACUCGCUCGGUGGAACUACGGCACAGACCAUGACCGAGCUGCUCAGCUUCGAGGCGGAUCGACGCACGAUCAACAUCACCAUCAACUCGUUCGGCACCUCGCUCUCCAAGGAAGACCGCGCACGCCUCUUCCCCACCAUCGGCAAACUCUUCCCCGCCGGCAACAAUCUGCUCGCCAAGGCAGACGAACUCGACCAAGUCAAGUCCGUCUGCGACGCCAUCCCCGAAUACCGCUCCUUCUUUGACUCCUCCUCCAACUCGGGCGCUAAUGCCGCUGCGAGCGCAGGUGCAAGUGGCGGCGAGGCGAAUGCAGACAUGCUCGAGGACAAGAUGUUCAAGCUCGAGGUGCAGCUCAACCGCAUCUUGACCAUCACCCAGUUCCAGUUUGGCGUCUUCUACGCCUGGCUCAAGCUCAAGGAGCAGGAGAUCCGCUCCAUCACCUGGAUCGCAGAGUGCAUCGCCCAGAAUGCGCGCGAUCGCAUCGCCGACUUUAUCCCCCCGCUUUAG